UCCCUGUGUGGCCUGUUCCAGCAAGGUCUUCGAUAUCAAGAACUGUAAAAGUUAAUUUUUUUCAGUGAACAGAAAUGAAUGAACAACCAGACAAAAACAGUUCCACUCACGAGGGACACACAGGUCAAAGUCCUCCUGAGAAAAACUGUCAGAUUGGACAAAAGCAACUGCAACAGAUAGAGCGGCAGUUAAAAUGCUUGGCGUUUCAAAACCCCGGACCACAGGUAGCAGACUUUAAUCCUGAAACAAGGCAGCAGAAAAAGAAAGCUCGGAUGUCAAAGAUGAAUGAGUAUUUUUCUGUAAAAUACAAAGUUAGGAAGAAGUAUGACAAGAGUGGCAGGCUGAUCUGUAACGACGCCGAUCUGUGUGACUGCCUGGAGAAGAACUGUCUGGGGUGCUUCUACCCUUGCCCCAAGUGCAACUCCAACAAGUGCGGGCCCGAGUGCCGUUGCAACCGACGCUGGGUCUAUGAUGCCAUUGUCACCGAAGCCGGGGAGGUCGUCAGCUCGCUGCCCUACCCGGUCCCGGACUAGGGGCUGUUGCACAUGGGCUGGCUUGGUUCUCCUUCCUGAGAGCUAAGCCAUCCUCUUUCUCCUGGGGGGUUAGUUUUAGGAUGUAGGGAAGAUCCUGGGAAAGCAUAGUGAAGACUUAUGUUCUCUGAAGAACAAUGUAGCAGGGGCAGUCACGCUGUUCCGUCUCCUGUGUCAUCCUACACACCUUCACCUUGUACCCAGAGAAUGACAGUGUGUGAUCUCAGCAUCGCCUCCCUGGGACACCCCUCUCUCUGCUCUUGGUGAACAAUCUCUUGCAUCUUUUACUACCUGCGACCAGGUGGUUUUAUGAUUUUCAGAAUUCUGCAGCUGGGAGCUUUUCUUACGUAAGACACAAAACCCUGAGCUUAUCAGACCCGCUGACCCGUGCCCCAGUUCCAAGUCGGAAGUGCUCUCUGAAUGAAAAAUAGUCUCACACCUUGUGAUUUUGUACUGUAUGUGCAUAUCUUAUUUUCUUAUUACUGUUUUGAUAAUAUUCAGAGUAAAUUUGGUCACACUUGGCAAAAUUUUUAUGAACACCUUGUGUUUUACUUGUAAAAUUGAGAAAUUAGGACUUGAAUGUCCUAAAAGGUAGUAGUUUCAUUUCCCGCCCCCCAUCUCAGGAUCAGUAUUUUUGUUGAAAGGAGGAAAUGAGUUAUUAUAUAAAAGUGUACUGUUGCAUGUUAGUUCAGGGGUAGUGUUGAUAUGCAGUUGACUAGACACAUGUGAUUUUUUUUUUCAAUGCUGAUACAUUGUAGGGGGUAUACAGAAAUUUGAGCUAAGCCUUCUUUGGAUUUCCUUUUUUUUU